AGCUACACCACGUCCUGGCACACAAUGCUCCACCACCAAGUUACCACAGCGCAAUGGAGGCUCACAGCAUGCAGGGCGACAAGUUGCAAAGCAUCCUGCUUUUGAACCUUCACUACAUCGUACGAACGUAAACAUCUCUUAUGCAGGGGGAGAAUCUCCUCCUAGGUCGGGAUCUACAGAACCACUGAUUGUCGCAGCCAUUUGUACUGCCCAGUGGUGUACCAUCUGAAAGCAGCAAGCGUACCUGUGAACUUGAUGAAGGCCUCUAUAUGCAAACCCCAGCAGGUACAACAGCUGAAGGUGGUUCAAGCAAACACGUGACAAGGGGACAUCAGGCAUUGCCAUAUUACGAGUUCCAACAACAGGUCCUAAAGAGCCUAAACAUUUUGCGUCUUGGAAUGCAACAAGAAAGCGAGCUUUUGUCCAGCCUCGUGCCUCUACAGACUUCCCUUAUUGAGGUUCCAAAGUUGCUUGAAAGUCCACUUAACUCUGUGGAAGAACUGCAGUUAUUUGAGAAGGAACUUACACCGGAACGUCAAAAACAGCUGAUACUGGAGCUCUCCCUCCUCGGGGACAAUGCAGCAAAGCUUGCAGUGCGUCGCAUAAUGGCAUACGUUCUUACAAACCACCUGGGGCAGCAGUACAGCUGGGAAGGGAAGAAGGUCUCUUCUGCGCUGAGCCAUUUCCCAAACCUGUGGUUGCGCGUGGCAUUGAACGUAGGCUUCGCCGCAACCUGCUCGUGCGACGAUGGGGCUCCUCUACAGGUUCAAAAUUUGGAACCCGAAUGGAACCUUGAAGAUGCCGCUAUUCAUGCCCAAAAAAUUGCUCAAAAGUUUUGUCCUGGCAGAGGCAAGAUGCCAUUAGAGAACGCAAAUGCAAAGCGCAACGCAACGCAAUGA